CAAUAUCCUUUCUAUGUCCUUCAAAUAAGCUUGUUUCCUUUUUUUCUCUGGUUCUCUUUUUGGUUUUUUCGAUUCGAUCAAAACAAAGUUUUAAAGGAUCGAAAAACCAUAAGAAACACGAGAGAAUAAGAAAAAAGAAAAAAAAAUGAAUAACAGGUCGAGGUGUGUGCUAGCAAUUUUGCUAGCAAUUACCUGCAACGUCUUCGUGAAUGGAGAGGAUCCUUAUCUGUUUCACGAGUGGAAAGUCACUUAUGGCACCCUUUCUCCUCUUGGUGUGCCCCAAAAAGUCAUUUUAAUCAAUGGCCAAUUCCCCGGACCUAGAAUUAAUGGCACAUCCAACAACAACGUUGUUGUCAAUGUGUUCAACCAAUUGGACGAGCCACUCCUUUUCACCUGGAGCGGCAUCCAACAAAGGAAGAACUCGUGGCAAGAAGGAACCCUUGGUACCAAUUGCCCGAUCCCUCCAGGUAGCAAUUUCACCUAUCGUUUCCAGGUCAAGGAUCAAAUCGGUAGCUACUACUACUACCCCACCACUAGCUUGCACCGCGCUGCUGGUGGUUACGGUGGCAUUAGUGUCCUGAGCCGUGCGUUGAUCCCUGUCCCAUUUGACACCCCUGAGGCUGAUCACAUGGUCCUUGUCGGCGAUUGGUACACCAAGAGCCACACUGAAUUGAAAAGCUUGUUGGAUAGCGGACGCGCUCUAGGAAGGCCACAAGGUGUGAUUAUCAAUGGUAAAAGUGGAAAAGGCGAUGGUAAGGAUGAGCCAAUGUUCACUAUGACCCCUGGAAAGACCUACAGGUUCAGGUUUUGCAACGUCGGAAUGAAGGAUUCCAUCAAUGUUAGGAUCCAAGGCCACACUUUGAAGCUCGUCGAGAUUGAGGGUUCUCACACCGUGCAAAAUGUGUACGAAUCUCUAGACGUGCAUUUGGGACAAUGCUUCUCUGUCUUGGUCACUGCUGAUCAGGAGCCCAAGGACUACUUCCUUGUGGCUUCCACGAGGUUCACUAAGGAACCACAUGUUGCCACUGCUACUAUCCGUUAUGCCAAUGGAAAAGGCCCCGCCUCACCCGUGUUGCCUAAGGCACCUGAAGGGUGGGCAUGGUCCCUUAACCAGUUCCGUUCAUUCCGUUGGAAUCUAACAGCAAGUGCAGCUAGACCUAACCCUCAGGGAUCUUAUCACUAUGGACAAAUCAACAUCACCCGAACCAUCAAGCUAGUCACUUCAGCUGGCAAAGUUGACGGUAAGCUCCGUUACGCCGUUAACGGUGUCUCCCACGUGGACCCCACAACUCCAAUUAAGUUGGCUGAGUACUAUAAAGUUGCGGACAAGGUGUUCAAGUAUGACUUGAUCAAGGAUGAAUAUGAACCCAGUACAGGGAAAGAAGGACAAGACAAAAUCACUCUUGCACCUAAUGUGGUCAAUGCCACUUACCGCAACUUUGUGGAGAUCAUCUUUGAGAACCCUGGAAAGAGUGUUCAAUCUUGGCAUUUGGCUGGACACUCCUUCUUUGCUGUUGCGAUUGAACCAGGGAAGUGGACACCAGAGAAGAGGAGGAACUACAACUUGCUUGAUGCAGUGAGCAGGAACACAAUCCAAAUUUACCCAAAAUCAUGGGCAGCAGUAAUGACUACACUUGACAAUGCUGGAUUAUGGAAUUUGAGGUCUAAUGCAUUGGAGAGAAGUUAUUUGGGACACCAAUUAUAUUUCAGUGUCCUUUCUCCAAAUUACUCACUUAAAGAUGAGUACAACAUGCCUGAUAAUGACCUUAUGUGUGGUAUCAUCAAGGAUAUGCCUAAACCUACUCCAUACAAAGCUAAUUAAAUUUUAAUUCAUUCUUGUGAUUUUUGUAUAAAAAGAAAAUUUAUUCUUUGAAGUGUAAUUUUUUUUACAUUUUGAGCAAAGAAAAAGCAUGAGUGAGAGUAUAAGCAGGAGGAGGACAAGUUUUGGGAAAAAUUCUCUGCAGCAAAAAGGGCCAAGCUUUUCACCAAGUGGAACAGAAGUUUUUUUUUUUUUGUUUGUGUGUGUGUGUUUGUAUUUAUUUAUUUUUGAAAAUAUAAAGUUAGUCUUGAAAUGAAUGUAUUAAAGAUUUUCUUAA